GAGAGCAGAAAGGCAAGUUUGGAAGAGGUAGUGACAGAUUUUUUGUCAGUCUACAGAAAUACCAACCAUAGCACUACAAAUGUUUCUCCAGCAAGGCUCUCCUGAUGAAUAGGGAUCUGCGAUGUCAACUGGAUUUACUAAAGCCGCCACAAAAGUCCUCAGUGUUGACCAAGACUUUGAAGGAAACGGUGAAAAAGGCUCAAGCAAAACAAAAGAGAGGGCACGACCAAACAGCGAGUGAGAGAAAUGCAAUUAGAUCAUAUGAUAUGGUGUCGGUACGUCACGCAAAGAUGCCAAAGUGGAGAAACGCCAGAGUAGUACAAGUUUUGGGGGAGAGGUAUUAUACAGUACAGUAUACAGACACAGGAGUAAGACAAAAGGUUCACGUGGAUCACUUGAGACUGCAUCAACGGUCAAAUCAACUACCAACCCAGCAGCUAGUACAAGAUGAACCAGAUCUAGAGCCUAGAGACGUCGCAGGUAGCAAUAGAGACAACAAACGAGAGGAUCAAUUUAGCGGUGACACAGAGCCUGAGUCCUUAGACGAUGGUACUGAAGACGAGUUGAGUGCGCCUGAGGUUGCCACAAGAGUAGAGCAGCCAAGAAGGAGUCAGCGUACUACAAAGGCUAUACCACCUACAAGAUAUGGAGAGUGGACAGUGUAGAGAGGCUAUAGAACUGAUAUAAUCAUAGUGCUGUAAAUUUUGUGUUUUGCGUAGAAAGGAGGGAGAUGAUGUGGCAUCCGGGCUUUCAUAGGCGGGGCAGCUCAGUCAUUUGGAUAUUCAGCUAACGGAUACAUGUUUUCUUUGUUGUGUCUCUUGUGUUCAAUUACAUUUAUUCUUACCAAUCUUUGAGUCCUAUGCUACACUCAGCAGCGUUAGGUCGACCAAGUUCAUCACGUGACUUCUUGGCUAGCCUUUCCAGAAAGUUUUUUCCCAUCUCACCCCAUCGUCCAAAAUGUUCUAUAACUAAGGGAAUGAAACUGACUGUUGAUCCACCUGGUAGAUUUCCCUUUGCAUAGUUUGUCUUCUUCCUCUCUUCUCUUCUUUCUGCAGCUGUCUGUCUGCUGUAUUUAUG